AUGCGGAGGGGCUACGGCCGCGCCGCGAGGCCGGGGACGGCGAACGCCGACGGGACCGCCAGUCCCCAGAAGUUGCCGGUCGGGGAGAGCGGGACCGGCCCCGGGAAUCGCGGCGGGCCGGGGACCGGCGAUCAUCACGGCGGCCAUCGUGGAGUUCCCGCAGCUCAACCGGAGCUCUUCUUCACGGCGAAGGGCAUCGGGAGAGGGACGGGAUGCCUCGCGACGAUCCUCGACGCGGCGCUUGUGCCGGACCGCCCCGUCAUCCCAAUCGCGAGGCAUGGCCAGUCGCGGCGAGGAAGGAGGGGGCGGGGGAGGGGCGGCAGUAGAGGAUGGUCGGGCGAGAGGGGAGGGCGAGGCGUUCGGCAGAGAUGCAGGGGAGGAGCGCACUGGGUCGAGGAAGGCGGCGGGGGUGGGGAACGAGGCGGACGGGAGGCCACCGGGUAG